UGGUUGUCACUCCCCAAUCUAAGUCGAGUCACUUUGCGCGCAACUGUGUGAAAAAUAUACCACGUUUCCCUUUCACUCUGUGAUACAGGAGUUAGCUUUCCCUCUUGAACAUGUACCGCCCAGGUAAAACACCUCAAGGACCGCCGCCGUUUGGACCUCCACCACCCCAUGGCCCUCCUUUCAGUUUCAGACUCCGAGGGCCUUGUAGUGGUCCUCCCCCUGGACACUUGCCAUCUGGACCACCGGAUAGCCAUUUUUUCCACAACAGGCCACCAAGAGGGCAUUUCAUCAGCCCCCACUGUAGCAGCUUCUCCAUAGACCGUAGUACAAUGAUUGGUUUGGGAGGCAGCCAGCAGAUCGUCCCUCCUGCACAACCACCGCACAUUCAGGUCCCACAGUGGAAUCCCACUCCUGUGCAACAUCAUUCUCCUGACAGUAGUGACCGAGCUGGUGAGGAAUUCCUGAGAUGCAUUGCAGCCAACAAGCCUCUCCCAGACUAUCUCAAAGGGAACAUGGCAUACAACCUGGCUGAUGCUUUUAAGUCGGCUAAUGUCCUGAAAGAAGCAGUCAAGUCAGACCCUGAGUUCCAGAAGCAUGUGACCAGGAGCAAAAGCCGUAGUCAAAGCCGUGGGAAAUCUCGAGCCAAGAGUUGUGCGCGAAGCAAAAGCCGAGCGCGAAGCAAAAGCCGAGCGAGAAGCAAAAGCCGAGCGAGAAGCAAAAGCCGAGCGAGAAGCAAAAGCAGAGCGAGAAGCAAAAGCAGAGCAAGAAGCAGAGCGAGAAGCAGGGCUCGCAGUAGGAGUCGAAGCAAGAAGAGUCAUGUACGGAGCAAGAGCCGGGUCAGGAGGUCCACGUCACGAAGCAGCAGUAGUGAAAAGAGCUAUGUCAAAGACAAAAAGAGAAAGAUGAGCCACAACUCCACCAGCAGUGUUGGCAGCAGUAAAUAUCUGACAGGGAAUAGUCUGCUAGAAGAACUAAAGCUGGUCAUGAACAGCAAAGAACUGGAAGAGCGGUUGCCCACCCUCAAAGAUGCCAUCCUCACUAUUCAGGCCUCAGACUACAGCAAAAAAAGGGAGUGUGUACCUGAUGAGCACAGACAUCAGCAACAACAUGACCGUAAUGAGAAUUCAACAUCGUUGGAAAAUGACAGUAUACUCCUUCCCCAUGACAGAGUAGGCAGUGAUUUCUCUUGGCUCCAGGCGCAAAGUAAGGAGGACUCUGCAGUCCUGAAAGCUGAUGAGCUUGAAGAUGAAGAGUCAUUCUUAUAUGGAAAUGAAGAUACUGGAGGAAAACAAGCCAAUAAAACCUCUACUUCACUUCUUACAGUAUUUUCCCAGAUUGGAGAACAUGCCAAACUACAGGAAAUGGAUAGUUCAGGCAGUCACCAACAUCCUCAAAACAAGUCUAUAUUUAGUAGCUUUGGGGAUUUGCUUAAUCUAAAGCAACCCCUUCAAAUUACUUCCUCGAGUGUAGCCUCUGCCAAUCUGGACAGCAGUGAGGGUGAGAAGAUCAAGAACAUAUUAAAAAGUCUUGGCACAACAGACAUUAACGAGUUUAUGGUUAAGAUGCAGGGCCAAAAGGAGGGGAUGCAGCUGUCUCCUGCAUGUCCCAGUUCAGAACGAACAGCAGCAAGCUUAGCACUGAGUAAUCCGAAUGUACGGCAAGCUCUGGAGUCUUUACAGUCGCUGAUCAAAGCAACAAAAGAGAAGCGGGAAAAAAGUGAUGGCAGUGGCACAUCUCAAACAUUGUCUGAUAAACACAAGGCAGGUGAUGAUGAGGAAAGGAAGAAAGAGAAACAAGCCAGAACAAAUAAAAUGGAAUCAUUGAUGAAAGAACUGGAAGGAUUGUUGAAACAGGAUGGAUUAAGUUUUCUGACACCAGUAAUCGGGUUUUACUGCCAGAAAUGUGAGGAGUUCAUUGGAGAUUUGAAUAGUGCUGAAAAUCAUGCGGCCAUCCACCGCCACAGUGACUCUAGCAGUCAGAAAGUGCAGGUGGACAAUCAUUCUGGAGACAACAAGGGACACUCACGCCAUGUUAGCAACAGCACUCAGCAGCCACAUACCUCAGACAGGAGAGAUCCCAGGGACUACAGUUAUGCUAGAGAUUCCGGACAUCACAAGAAUCACAGAGACUACCAACGAGACUUGAGGCAUGAAAGAAAUCACAGAAGCAAACUCCACGACGACUGCAGAAGCCACAGGACGGGGCAGGACAACAUCUCCUUGAAAGAGGAGAUGAGGAAGGAGAGGAUGCUCAUAACAGUGUCCCGUGGACUGACACCUCCGAACCUUAAGGUAAAGGAGGAGGUGAACAAGGAGCAGACAAUUGGAAGCCACAGCAAAGUCAAAGUGGAAAACACAGACCGCAAGGACAAAUCAUCCAGGGGCAGCAGAGAAAAAGAUGACAAAGAAAAAGAUGAAAGUAGUGAUAGCGACAACAAAGGAAAAACGCUGAAAGCAAAAUCGUCUAAAAAGAAGAAGAAGAAGAAGGAGAAAAAGAAGAAGGAUAAGUCCUAAUUGUUGCAUUAUGUCUGUCACUUUCCAUAUUCAUACUGGAAGGAUCCCUGGGAUGGUGUUGGCUAAACUUAAAGAGCCAAGUUAUUAGUUAUCAUUGCCUAUAACUAUACAGGAAGUGAGGUGGUUUGCCGUAAACCAAAAAACUCAAAAGGGAAGAUUAAUAUCAAUUCAUUUUUUGGCAUCCAGUACAAAGACAUGUCCUACCUAAAGUUAGAACAAAAGGUAUCCUUGACUUAAUGCACAGAAAUUAAAUGAUAAUAUUUUUUGGGCUGUGCAUUUCUUUUGCUUAGUGGCUUCCAACAUUUUUUUAGGUUUAUAUGGCAUGCCGUAAGUAGGCCCUCACAUCCUGGUUUUGUGUUUUACUCAGUGUUUUAAUUAUUUUUAAACAUUCAGCUUUCUCAAUACUAUUACUACUGUGUACAUAUUUUCCAACGACUAACAGCACUGUAGUGUUAGAAAUGUUGUGUGUACUUUUUUUUUUUUGAAGCUGAGUUCCAUUUUCUUACUGUCUGUGUUUUUAUCCAAAAUACAAGAUGAUCUAAGUCUGGCUCUUGUGGUGACUUUUUAAAUAAAGAAUGUGGACAAUUUAAAGAGUUAAAUGGUAUCAUAAUUCAGUGAUCAGAUCAUACUUUAUCUUUUUGCAGUGUUAGCCAUAAGUAAUAACCCAAAAGGCAAAGUUUUAAAGGUGGGCAAAAUACUAUAAUAAUAUUUUGUUCAGGAAACAAGUGUUUUCUUCUUUAUGUACCUCACAGGUUGUAGUGUUAUAGUGUUUUACAAAGUUCUGGACUUUGACACCACACGUCAGGAUUUGCAUCCUGAGUCCUGUCUGGUUAUAUUUUGGCAGCAAUAGCACUUUGGUUAAGGUUUGUGAAAGGUGGCACUUUCAGUAAAUGGUAAUCAAAACACGUCUCGUGCUUCUAAAACCAAGAGCUGUGAGAGGCUAAACAUUACUAUUAGUUAAUCUGUCUUUUAAUGCUAGAUCAGAUGUUUUGAAGGACAAAAAAUUAAAUUCAUUGUAAGAAUAAGCAAUCUGCAAAUGAAGUCUAUAAAUGUUUUUUCUACAAGCACAGUAUUUCUGCAGCUUUGUCACAGCGUUCCCACUUGUUUAUGAGAAAAAAAACGGUACAAUUCAGGCCUUUUUCCCAGGAGACAUUUUGAAUGGCCAU